AUGGGUGUUCCGAUAAAAUAUGUUAAAAAAACAUUUUCCAAUAUAAAUCCCACGUUUCUCUGUGUCAGCAGGGUAUCUGUCAGUCGAGCCAUCAAACCAUUUGCAGAACCAGGCCGACCUCCAGACUGGUUCUCUCAGAAGCAUUGCGCCUCCAAGUACUCUGAGCUCCUGGAAUCAACAGAGGCCCCAAAGCGAAAGCGUGGUGAGAAAGGGGAAGUGGUAGAGACGGUGGAGGAUGUGAUCGUCCGUCGACUGACAGGUGAGAGGAUCAAGGAACUGAAGAAGCUGAUUAAAGAAACACGUGAAACGCACAGAAAGCUGAAAAGAGAGGCUGAGCUUAUUCAAGCUGGACAUCUGGAUUCCAAGUUGGAAGAGUUAUGGGAGGACAUUCAGCUGAAGAGAAAACAGGAGGAGGAAGAAGCGGAGUUAAAAAGAAAAAACACAGAUGCUGCUUAUCAGGCCAGACAGGCAGCAAAGAGCAUGUCUAAACGGAUUCCCAGUGUCACCAUGAAUUUGCCCCCAGCUUGUGGCUCCCCAAGCCAGAACUUUCCACCAGGUGACCAACUUGAUAGCUUGACGCUGGAUGGUCCACCCACAAAGAAUACUUCAGGAACCGCAACGUUAAUAACAUUUUCUCAAACCUCUGGACUCCCUAAUGAUGACAUCAGCCACGGGGCACUUCUGGAUGACCCCACUCAAAAGAAGCUCCUCAGCCAGAAAGCCACCCCACCACCAUCUCCGCUCCUGUCAGAGUUACUGAAGAAAGGCAGCAUCUUGGCAUCAAAUUCCAGACUGAUUGGAGAGAGUGACGGGUCUCCUGGUAACGUAGCAGGACCACAUGACUCACAGCUACAUUCAUCCUGUCAGCCUCUUUCUCAAGCAACAGGUGCCCCGAUGCUGUCCCGUCUUCUGGAGGCAGGUCCCGCCCAGUUUUCCUCUCCGUUAGGUUUCAUAGUCGGCGCAGACUCCCCUUCCCGCGGUCCCGUCUCUGCAGCUCAUUCUGCUCCUCUUGACCCGACCGUCUCAGAAAGUACCGGGUCCACCCACCAUUUUUAUUACCAACUCGUUUUUCUUAAAUACCCGGUCGAUGUGAUGGCGCCAUCGGCACAAGCUGACUCUGCAGAGGAUAAGGUGGCAGAGCUCAGCGAGGAGGACGUGGAUGCGUCCUACAUGGGAGAUGAGCUGGACCUGAAGACAGUCGGGGACAUUAUCGCCAUCAUUGAAGACAAGGCAGAUGAGGCUGCAGAGGCGCUGGAUGCAGCUGCUGUUGAGGCUGCUCUUUCCCUCUGUGAGGAGAAUGACCACGCUUUGACCGCAGCCUGGGGCGCUGGGCCUUUACAGCACCAAGAACCACAUGCCACUCACCGGAUUCUGGAGGGUGGUGCAGAAGUAUCCCUCUCUUCUCUGUACAGCAGUCAAGAAAAUAAUUUGUCAGCAUUUCCCCUGGAACUGGGGACCCUUCCUCCCUCUUCCUCAUGCAACUCAAAGACUUUGAAGCACAGUGCCACACCUUCACAUUGUCAAGGAGUGAUAGAGACAGAGGGAAUGGAGGGCUCAAGCAAACACAUUUCAAUAGAUGGUAGCACAGAGUGUGAAGGUGAAAAGCAACCACCACAAAAACCUGAAAAAUCCUUUGGAGCAGACUCAGCAUUAGAAGACAAACAAGAAACACACUGGGAGUCCCAGGACACAAAGGUAGAGGAAGGAGAGAAUGUGUUGGAGUCGAAAGCGGACAGCGAGGUUACGGGACUCGAGUUGGGUGAGGAAGAAGAGGGUGAUGGGGCGGAGGAGUUCUCAUCAGAACCCGACGGCGAAAUGGAGCUAGAACCUGCAGCCAGCGAGAGCGAAGAUGGUUACAGUCUCCACACAGUGUCUUCAUCUCUCCAGCUCCACACCACCGCAGACUCGAUACCCAGCAGCCCCGCUUCAUCACAGUUCUCUGUGUGCAGUGAGGACCUGGAAGCUUUGCAGGCUCACAAGAUCUGGAAAAAAGCCAUUAUGCUCGUGUGGCGAGCAGCUGCUAAUCACAGGUAUGCAAAUGUCUUUCUUCAACCAGUAACAGAUGAAAUUGCUCCUGGAUACCACAGUAUUGUUCACAGACCCAUGGACCUGGCCACUAUAAAAAAAAACAUUGAGACUGGCUUAAUACGGACCACCGCCGAGUUUCAGAGGGACAUCAUGCUGAUGUUUCAGAACGCCGUAAUGUACAACGGCCUGGAUCAUGACGUGUACCACAUGGCUCUGGAGAUGCAGCGGGAUGUCCUGGAGCAGAUCCAGCAGUUUCUCGCCACGCAGCUCAUUAUGGAGACAUCCGAAUCUGGUAUCAGCGCCAAGAGCCUCAGGGGCCGCGACAGCACGCGCAGACAGGACUCUACUGACAAGGACACCGUCUCCAUGUCCUCACCUGCCUUCCUUCUUUCUCUUUUUGAUGGUGGCACCAGGGGGCGCCGUAGUGCCAUAGAGGCUGACCUCAAGAUGAAGAAGUGAAAACUGCAAAUGAAAAUUUUGUUCGCUUUGUUUGUGAAGUGAAAGGACAUGGAUGAGUGUUGGUCAGCUGUCUUCAGUGUGAUCUUGACAUGCUCUCCAGAACGAUUGGACAAAGCGUAGCGUGGAAAAGCUCCACACUCAGACAGCCAUUCAGACAUGAAUUAUAUUCUGUAUAAUCCCAGAUCACUGUGGGGUGUUCUGUGUGACCAGGUCAAACCUUUCAUAGAUAGUCAUUUACUUCUUCACAAUGUUUUAAUAGGUGUGGUCCAUACAUGAAGAUAUGAGUUACUCCUUGCCUUCACUUGGGUUGAAAUUAAACCAGUUUAGUGUUUUUAAUUCAUGAACUGCGUGUAUGCGUGCAUUUGUGUGUGUGCGUGCGUGUAAUAUAUAAAACCAAAGUGGCACAUAUUCAUCUCAAACAAAGGCAUUUUGUGUAACAUUUCAUUUCCUAACCUAUUUUGAAAGUUGUUGUUUUUUUAUUCAAUAAUUAAAUAUGGAUGCUUUGUGUAGAAUUGAUUUUCCCUUUGUGUAACUUCCUGUGAAACAGAAACACUUAUAUUUGUUUGGAUUUAUGUUUAGCAUAUCUGAGAAAAUGUGACAAUAAUUUGUUUUGUGGACCAGAAAAUGUAAAACAAUAAAAUUGUCCUUACAGCACGGA